AUGAAGAUAGUCCAGAUUCCACUUACCUCAUAUCAAAGAAAUGACAUUGUGAUUUGGAAGGAUAAUAGAGAUGGCCAGUAUAGUGUCAAGUCGGGCUACAAACAACUCAGAUGCAUCCAAAACAUUCAACAAACGACUGGCCCUUCACACUCAAAUGGAUCAAAACUUUGGCAGCAAAUAUGGGCCAUGAAAUCUCUACCAAGGUGCAAGGAACUAAUUUGGAGGGCAAGCAAAGAAAUCCUUCCAGUCAAAAUGAAUAUGAAAAAAAGAGGUAUGAAUAUAGAUCCAAUCUGUCCUUGUUGUGGUGAAGAGGAAGAGACCACAAUCCACGCUCUCCUCACAUGCGAACCCGUCCGUAGAAUAUGGUUUGCUUCCCACCUCAAUAUACACAUCUCAAUGGAUACCCCAGACAAUUUCCUCUGCUGGUUGGAACGCAUCCUGGCACACCCUGAAAAAGACACCAUGGCAGAAGUUUUCAACAUGAUUUGGGCCAUCUGGGGGAGAAGAAACGCGUGGACCUUUGAGCAGCAACUUUGGGACAUCAAUCGAACACUAGCAAAGGCCACAAGUAUCAGUGUGAGGGAAGCUCCCAGGCCUGCUGCCACAAAAAACACAACACCGCCAAAAUGGAAAGCACCACCAAGAGGUUUCUACAAGCUGAAUGUCGAUGCUGCGAUUAGAAGAAAUCUGGGCACGGGGUUGGGAGCAAUUAUCAGAAAUGAAAAAGGAGAAUCAAUGGCAGCUGCAACCUGGCUCAUUGAGGAAAUUGAGGAUCCUUCUCUUGUAGAGGCAGCUGGUAUAAAAUGGGCUCUGAGGUGGACAAAGGAAAUGGGAUUUGAUAGGGUGCUAGUGGAAACUGACUCCGUUCUUUUUGUCAACCAAUGGGAAAGAUCCCAGACUGGUAUCUCUUAUUUUGCUGAUAUAGUCAAGGAAUGUAAACACCUUUCCUAUGCUUUUAGUUUAUGUACUGUCUCCCAUGUGAAAAGGGAUUGUAAUGUAGUGGCAGAUUUCCUAGCCAACUUAGCCUUUGAUUUUCAUGAGAACUAUUGGUUAGAAGAGGACCCUCCUGGGACCUCCCUUUUGAUCUCUGCUGAUGUAACACACGCAGCUUCUGUUGCUCUUGAAUGA